CUUGCACGCAACUUCAUCCGCUAGAAGCGCGACGAUCCUAUCAGUAUUAGAGUUGGCCACAACGUUCGUGAGCAUGGUCAUCUGAAAUGACCGGUGCUGAUGGCAUCGAGCUGACGCCUACGGCAUACCAUGCACGGGCUGACCUUCUUGCACGAUGUCGUCUGCUUCUUUUGGCGUGUCCCACAUGGGUGGGCCCUGCCACCGCGCAUGUAUCUCAGCGGUUUCUAUCUAUCAGCGAUAUCCCAUAGCGGAGGCAGCUACUAUCUCUGCAGUUAUCUGCCGGGUAACCCACAACACGAUACGGGACCCCCGCAUGCGCAAUGUCUUGGCUAGACGGAUACAAAAAGGUCGCAGGUAGCAAACCGUGGGACGUGCAGACACAGAAAUGUACUCCCUGAUCACUUUGACGAUCCUAGGACUCGGCUCCGCCCACUCAGCUCUCGCUUGGGGUUUGGUCGGGCACGCCACUGUUGCGUAUGUCGCUCAGGACUUUGUGAAGCCCACAACCGCCACUUGGGCUCAGGGUAUUCUUGGAGACACGUCAAGCUCUUACCUUGCCAGCAUUGCUUCCUGGGCAGAUAGCUAUCGCGCGACCACUGCCGGCAAAUUCUCUGCGCCGUAUCACUUCAUCGAUGCCCAGGACAGCCCGCCCAAGACCUGCAACGUCAACUACGCGCGUGACUGCACGGCUGCAGGGUGCUCCAUUUCUGCGAUCGCGAACUACACAUCGCGAAUCCAAGAUGGACGACUCAGUGCGACGAAUGUAAACCAGGCGCUCAUGUUCCUCGUCCAUUUCAUCGGGGACAUCACCCAGCCCCUUCACGACGAGGCGUUGGACGUGGGAGGAAACACAAUCAAAGUGACAUUCGAUGGAUUCGCGAGUGACAACUUGCAUGCGGACUGGGAUACAUACAUUCCUCAAAAGUACAUCGGCGGCACGACCAUCACGUACUCGAGGAAGUGGGCAACUACAUUGACCACAGCCAUCAAGAGCGGGGCUUAUGCUUCCCAAGCCGCCAGCUGGAUCAAGGGCGACAGCAUCAGCAGUGCCGUGGCCAGUGCGACCAGAUGGGCUACUGACGCUAACACGUUUGUCUGUUCCACCGUCAUGCCCGACGGUGUCGCCGCCCUCCAAACCGGCGAUCUCUACCCGACCUACUACAACUCUGUGCUCCCCACCAUCCAGCUUCAAAUCGCCAAGGCGGGAUACCGUCUCGCGAACUGGCUGGACCAGAUCGCCGACGCGCAACUCGGCCUCGUGAGCCGCAACGACCUCUCUGAGCCCCGGAAUCCCGACCAAGAUCGCAGCGAACGGGAUCUCCUCCUCGACCUGUCCAUGAUGGGUCCCCCCACUGCUGUUCGCGCUGCGUUUGGCUAUGGAUGCAGCGACCACGAGCACUAGAAGUGUACUCGGAUUGUCACGGUUAGAAUGUACAAGAAUGUAUUUGGACGUCUGUAAUCAUUGACAAACGUGGCUGUCAACAUACUCAAUCAGGUUUACCUCUUCAUCUUGCUGUGAACCAUCACCAAAGGUUCGAUGAAUUGCUAUCGCACGAGGGCGUGUUGCACGCGGAGCAAUCUUCUUCUCGUCCCUGCUACUCUUAGAAAGUCCUAUUUCGAGCAGUGAGAUACACUCAAAAGGGCACUCUUCCUGAGCGGUCCACCCACCGCGACGCCAGAUGAAUCUCCUCCUCUCAGCUGUCCUCCUCGGCGUUUACGUAUCGGCUGCCCAGGCGUGGGGCGUGCUCGGCCACGCGACUGUCGCGUACGUCGCUCAGAACUUUGUCAAGAGUACUACCGCGACCUGGGCCAAGGGCGUGCUCGGCGAUACCUCGACGUCUUACCUAGCCAACAUCGCUUCGUGGGCGGAUACCUUCCGCGCCACUACCGCCGGCUCUUUCUCUGCUCCGUUCCACUUCAUCGAUGCACUGGACAGCCCGCCGACAAGUUGCAAUGUGAACUUCUCGCGCGAUUGCACUAAGGCUGGCUGCUCGAUCUCAGGUAGGCAUACAUCCGCGUCUGUGUCUGCCAGCAUCACCAAGGUCUUGGCAGCCAUUCAGAAUUACACGCAACGAGUCCAAGACGGGCGACUGUCGGCCACGAACGUGAAUCAGGCGCUGAUGUUCCUCGUUCACUUCCUCGGUGACAUCACCCAGCCGCUCCACGACGAGAACUUGGAUGUCGGCGGGAACACCAUCAACGUCGUGUUCCAAGGCUUCAACGACAACCUGCACGCCGACUGGGACACCUUCAUCCCCGAACAGAUCGCCGGCGGCUCGUCCCUGAACGUGGCGAAGGCGUGGGCUGCGAACAUCACCACGGCGAUCACCUCGGGGAUGUAUGCGUCUCAGGCUGCAAGCUGGAUCGCGGGCGACGACAUCACCGACGCGGUUGGGUCUGCUACCAAGUGGGCAAGCGAUGCCAACACCUUUGUCUGCAGCGUGGUCAUGCCCAACGGAGUUGCUGCCCUCCAGAAAGGGGACCUCUUCCCCACGUAUUACAACUCGGUGGCGCCCACGGUCCAAUUGCAGCUUGCCAAGGGUGGAUAUCGUCUCGCGAACUGGCUCGAUCAGAUCGCAGACUCGAAUCUCGGCCUGACUCGCCGCAACGAGCUUUCUGAGCCUCGCCAGGCGGCAGAGGAAGGAUCUAUCAGCGAACGUGACCUGCUCCUCGAUCUUUCUGAGCUGAGCGCAGCUAGUGUUGUCCGGGCUGCGUUUGGUUAUGACUGCGGUCACGCGCAUUAGACAGCGUCGCGUACUACUUACAUAGCGUGACUCCUGCUGUGUCAAGUGGUAGUCUGCGAUACCGGCAAGCGAUUCAGCCAAC